GGGAUAUAAAAGAAAAGAUACUCAUUCUCCAAUUAAACCCAUCCAGACAUCUAACUCCUUUCAUACCAAGCUAUCCCUUAUUCAGAUUCAAAUACCCUAGCACAAAACAUGUCUGUCGAAACACCGGAGCACCUUGAGCGACGCAGAGUCUUGCUGCGACUAGAGCAGCAAGUUGAGGCUCUCGAAGCGCAUGAACUCAAUGCAUCACAGGCUGAAAAUUUGGAAAUAGAAAUCCAUCAAGUCACUCUUGAUCGAACUUCGAACUGCAAACCUUUCUUCUUCAGGCCACAUUCCAGCCUCCCAGAGCCUGAGGAUAAUCGAGUUAAUCACAUCCACUCAGUAUUGGAUGACGAGGACCCCUGUUUUACCGACCCAGUCGACCGUGCAUAUCAGAUUGAAAACAACUGGUCGUCCUAUACCUUCCAAUCACCAUUUGAAACGGUCAGCAUGCCAUGGUCCAGAAAAUCUGUCGGCGAUUAUACCCCGUACAAAAGUGUGUAUGGAUAUGAGCAGCCCGAGUUUGGGACAUUUAGGAUGACAGAUAUCCCUGGGGGAAGCUUCCCUCACACCAAAGCGGUUAUUUACAACAACCUAGAGGGGAAGAACCAGCACAUUCUUCGUGGAGAGCUGUUGAUUAUUCUUCGCUUGAUGUUGGGCCAAUUGAGGAAGCGACGCUUCCAUCAUAUGAUUGCACCGGUUUUGGUUAUCUCGUUCAUGGGCAAGUGUGGGCGUGCAAUCGAGGCAUAUUUUGAUGGUCGAAAGCUUAUACUGGGCUGUUCUGGCCUUUACCAUUUCCGCGACCAGACUUCCAAGGCGCUUAGGGAUUUCGCAGAAUGGUACCUUAGCGACCCUAUAGGAAAUACUGCCUAGGUUGGGUUCUUCCUUCUUUGUUUAGUGGUUAGGGUGUCAAAU